AUGGGUCAUAUUGAAAGAGAUUAUAAACCAGCACCAGCCAUUUUAAAGGACAGAGGACAUGAUAUUAUGGUCUCAUGGGAAGGACAAAAUGCUGGAAAAAUUAAGAUAAAUGGGGUUGAUUAUAAACUGCUUCAGUGUCACUGGCAUUCGCCUUCAGAGCAUAAAAUCAAUGGGAUUACAUUCGACGAAGAACUUCACAUACUUCACCAAGACUCUAAAGGAGUGAGAGCAGUCAUCUCGGUGCUUUUCAAAAUCGGCUCACCCGAUCCAUUCAUUUCGAAGCUGUUCAAUCACAUAAAGUCACUUCAUCCAAAUGAAGAGAAAAAAUUGGGGAUUGUUGAUCCAGGAACAAUAGGAUUUUGGUCAGGGAAAUAUUACAGAUACAUUGGAUCGCUCACAAUUCCUCCAUGCACUGAGGGUGUUGUUUGGACCAUUUUCGCUCAUCCCAAGACACUUUCAGCGGAGCAAGUUCAAGCAUUGAAGGAAGCUCUUAGUGAUGAAUCUCGGGAAAAUGCAAGACCAAUCCAACAUCUUCAUGGGCGACUGGUUGAAGCAUCUUCUCAUUGA